GCUAGAACUAGUACAAAAGUUUCUUCAAGCAGGUGUAGAAUUUUUCGAAAGGAAGAUUACGCGAUAUUUCUCAAGCAUUUGCGGGUGGCCAAUCGGCGAAAUCUGAUUUAUGUAUGUUGGACAAAAUGGACAUCAACUUUCGGUUUCGAUACCUGUAGGUACGUAAGUAUCCUCCCAAGGAUAACGCUUCAUCUGAAAAUAAUUACGGAUGCACCUUGGUGCAUCAUUUUCGAGUAAGUGACGGAAAGGACGAAACUUCUAUGGAAAGGGCUAGCAGAUCCCUGGUAAGCUAAUGCAAGGCGGCACGACUGGACCCGCAGUGGAGGCGGGGGUCGUGCCACGGUUUCUCUUAUUUCGAUCGGCUGGACCCAGUCUAGGUUGUGGUUGACUGGGGGCCGAUGUAGGAUUGGCACGGCAAGAGCCAGAGUUGGCGGUGCGACGACUGGGCCUGGUCCUUGUGAAAAAAGUUGCUGGUGGGUGGGCGCAACGACCUUACACUCGUCGCUUGGCUCUGGGCAAUGUCGGUUUGAAUCCGUUAUCCUAUGACCACGGGGGGUUUUUGGUUUUCGUUGGCUGCGCCGGGGCCAAGCGGGUGCUCUGCACUGGGUGUAAGGUCGUGCCCUCCUGUAACCUGGUAGGUGCUAUGGACCGGGGACAUUUUCACUAGGUUUUGGGGUCUUUCUCGACCCCCCUUUCGCGUAGUUUCGCGGCCUUGGACAAGGGAUGGUCGCCGUUGUUGCGUCUAGGCUGUCUCUAGCAUUUGGCUCGGCCCCGCAUGGUAUUGGUGCUGGUUGUUGGUUUGCGGGCGUACUUACUUUCCUGCAUCGUCCGGGGACGGAAUCUUUCGGAGAGGAGGCUAGGGGCCCUCUCAGUCUGCCCGGGGAGAAUCGUUUUUGUUGCCUCUGCCCCGGCGGUAGUGAAGGUCGGGCGCUUCGAAGCUGGGUAUAUGAAGCUGCUGAGUCGAUUGCUUUUGCGCUGGGGGGUUGGCCGCGGCCGCGCAGACAACUUGCAGGUCUAGGUGUGGCCCACCUGGGUUCGCGAGGAUUGGCGUUACGAAUCAAGAUCCCCUCUCCUGCGGGUCCGUUAGGGUUUCCCAUGUAUCCGGGCUGGCUCAACGCGUCCACUUCAUGUGGUAGGGCUUCUGAACCUCGGAGUGCAGCGGACAAGGGUAGAAGAUUUUUCACGCACUGGCGGAGUCGGUUGCGCUCUGCGCCUUGGGUUCUCUGGUAUAACGCUUGUAGUAUUCAUUCCCCGGCCAAUUUGUUUGGUCUGCUCCCCGGGGGGCGGGAUUUGGGUUAGAGAAGGUGGCCGCAGUUGCGGUGAAAUUGUGCACGUUCGCGUCAAGGUUGGUCGUUGCCCUACUCGAAGGCCAGCACCAUUAUUGUACACACCCACGGGUGGAGGGUGGAGCCUAUUCAUCUUGGACUUCAAGUCUUGGCGCGGUCUAGGGCCACAGGCGGCCACGCCACUUCGAAAACGCUCACGGCCGGGCUUACCGGGGAUACCUCGGACGGUUUGGGGCUAGCUUUAUUACGGAUGCUGGCAUCAAGCCCAGGGUGGUUGGGCGAGCCUUCGGCUGGGCGGUGCGCCACUAGCUCUCGUGGGGUUGCGCGGGUAGUUCCGUUCAUGGGGUUGGCAGGCUGUAUUCGCCACCAAUUGGCUGCUGGCUGGGCCAGUCGGUUUCCUGGGCAUGUGCCUCAGUUUUGCUUGAUGGUUUGGGGUAAUGGCCUCGGAGUCCUUUUUUUUUUUUUUCGCCUUUACUGGCCAGAGUUUCCCACCGGGCAUGUCUGGCGCACCAGUUGCGGGGGAUGGCUACUUCCGGAGCGGUCUGUCUGUCGUAGCACAAGCGCCACUUCGGGGGGUGUUCGCGCUGAUAUCCGUAGCGCUACCGGCUCUGUCUGGGUUUUCCAAUUACGGGUCGGGCCGUAGUGAGCUGUGUAGGUGUUGGGGGCUGACUUUAGAGGGGAUUGCGGGCGCUGCUACAUCUAUCGACUUCUUUUGCGAGGUACGUAAGUAUCCUCCCAAGGAUAACGCUUCAUCUGAAAAUAAUUCAGGAAGACGAAACGCCAAGAAACUUCGCAGCGC